GAUCAACCGCUGAUCAAGGUGGCGAUAAAAAUCGUAGUACUUCGAAUUCGCCAUGUUUUAGCCUUGUUGUAGUGAUUUGCAUUGCGGUGUGGGAAACCCCAUUCUAUGGAAUGAUGCAAGCAGGACAAAAGCUGGGGAUUGUGUACAUCGGAAAGGCUGGUGGCAAGGUCUGUGCGGAAACGUUUUGACUGGUUUCAUUUACUUACCUGUAUUUGAUCGGAUCAAGAACUACGAGUUGAUUUGUAAUCAGGCAAUUUAAUUUGUAGAUGUUCUCAUGAUCAGUUAUUUCAGUCGUCUCAUAAGCAGUUCACUUGUUUGAUUUGUCAUGUGCAGAUUGCAGCUUAUGUUAAAGAAUCUUUAUAUCUAUUAAUAUAUUCACUCUUAGGAAAUGUAGUUCGAAUUAUUGAUGUAUAGUUUAGAGUGUAACCAAAUUAUUCCUGACAUGCAAGUGAAAGGGGAACCUUUUUCAGCUUAAAUAUCUAAAUCUCAUUUGUAGGUGAAGUCUCAUGUAAGAUUUACAGCGCCCACAAGGCUUAGAGGAGGGAUUUACAGUAUUCAGUGACAUCCUCUGGGGGGAGUUUUCACCGAGGAAUUUCUUUAGUUACUCAUUGCUAUUAUUAUUAUCAUCAAUUUAUAGUGGAUAGCCAAAAUAGUGGACUCUAACAAAGUGAAUAAUAUAUCAAUAUAUUGCAAUGUAAACUUGUAAGUGGAAUUCCAUACUUAUAAGAGGUUUUGUUACAGUACACAUGAUGACAACUGCUGUUGGGCUGCAGAGCCUAUUAUAAAGUUUAAUGGCCCAAGGCAUCAAGGAGCUAAAGUUGCAGCAUAAAAAAUCCACAUAGCAGAAUAAUUCCCCCAGUUUGCUCCUUUGUAGGUUAUCUUUGGUGGUUAGUACAGAUCCAAUCUCUGGGGCCACUCUGCUAGAAAAGACCAUUUUUUAUUGCUUAAAUCUUCAUCACUCAUUUGAUGCAUUUUCUGAAUGUUUUGUUAAUAAGCACUAUGACAGGAUGUGAAUUACCUUUUGUUAACUCAUAACAAUUUUUUUGUGCUUUAACAUCACUCAAAUUUUUUGUCUUACUCCUUGUUUUUCUUCAUACCAUCCUUUGUAGCACAAAUAUUCUCUUCUUGACGAAAAAGAUGUUCAUCUAGUGAAAAAGUUUAGAUUUGAGGUGGGUGAUUUCAUUUUUCUCUUCCCACACUAACUCAGUGAAACCUUACAGUGUUUAUCAAUUCUUUUUUUGCGUUACCAAUGCAAGGUUCAUCCAAAAUCAAGGGUCUGCGCAUUAAGUUAUGGAUCUCAUUUUUUCAGCUGAUAUUUAUAGCAGUAGGGAAAAGCAUUCAGACUAUAAAUCCAAGGGGUAAGAAAACAGGGGUCUGUACUUACUGUAGUGACCAAGGUAACGAGAUUGGUACAAUAUUUAAUCUAUCUCUUGAUUCAAAUAGACAGGAAGAAAUCUAAUCAAACAAACUUUUGAAUUUAGCAGGCCAUACAGUGAAAUGCUGCCUGCUAAAUUGACCUACCAUAUUGCAGAUUUUAAUUGAGAGAUAUAAUCUGCUACAUUAUUGUUUGUUGUUUUGUAACUGGAAUACAAAACAUAGUCAUUUUAAGCAAAGACGCUUAAUAUUCAAAGAUGCUCAUGUGCCUGUAAGGUGUCUCUGAAAAAUGACUUAUUAAUACUUGAUUUGCAUUUGAAAAUUUUACAUAGCAUCAUGCUAUUACACUUGUAUGCUGUAUGGAUUCCUUUUCCCUGUUUUUAGUUUGUGGAUUUACGGUAAAAGCUUUGUAUUGUUUCAUCAGGCAAAAGUUGAUGUCAAUAAAGAUGGUAAUGGUGCUAACAUCUUUGCAUAUGCAUUUGACUUGUCAAGAGAAGGAACAAGUGGAUGCUAUUUCCAUGAAUAUAUUUGGUAAGGAAGUGUUUUGUUGCCUCUCUGACUAGCCCUUAAGAGAGAAUGUUUUCCAAUCAUUAAAUAAACAAGAAUGUUGUUAAAUAGUAGUGAAUCUUGCCUUUUUUGUUUAAUAAAGGUAACUCACCCUUGAAUAACUUAUGAAUUCUAAGGCUUGGCAUUUGUCUGGCAAAAAUUCUGAGAACAGUAGUCUAAUUUACUUAGUACAUGUAUAAAGAAACGAUAAAUAAAUAAUUAGUUCAGUUAACUGAAAGGGACCUUAAGGCAUUUACAACUACACACUUCCAAUAGUGAAACAUUACCUUAGAUGAACAUGUGAAAUCUGUUGUCUAAAGUAAAGUGGUGUAAUGAUACAUACCUGUGACUGUAUUGCACCAUAUUAUUUGUAUGUGCAAAACCAUGACUGGUCUUCAUAGAGAUAAUCAUGACAAUAUGAUAAUUGGCUGUAUAUAUUGAAAGUUCAUAAUUUGAAAGUAUUUUCCUAACAAUCAAAACAAUGUAGAAUGUAAUGGAAAGUCGUGGAAGAACUUAUGAUGGAUUUUUUUUAUGCAUUGUCUGAUCUAAACAGGAUGUAAAGCUUAGGGUGGAGUUUGCAUGACCAGAAUCAUUUCAUUUGUUUAUCUUCUCCAAACACUUCAUUUUUACAUUUAAUACCUUUGUUCUUGUUUUUACCUUAGGGAGAGACAUUGUGGUGGCAUAGCACCUGGCUUUAGAGUUUGUCACAAAAAUGGUGUAACAGUUGGUAAGUUAUUAGAAAUUUUAAAAAAUCAUUUCUGAAACAAAAUGUAAGGAUAAGGAAUUGCCUUUGAGUUUUCAGCAUCCUGAUAAAGUCAUUAAUUCAAUGAGCACAUAUUAAGUUUAAAAACCCAUUUGAGUCAAUUCAGAGAGUGGCUAUUAUCAUUAAUUGGAUUAAAGAUGAAUGUUAUUUAUCUUUAGUUAUUGUUUUAAUUUUACAUACAAACAAUUUUUGUGCCUACUGAUGUUAGAGAUGUUACGGUGUUGUGUAAGUCCGUAAUACUUUCUCAAAAGGUGUUUGCCACUUCCAAAGUGGCAAAGUUUUGUAUAAAAUACAUUUGAUGCACAUUCAAUAAAUGUAUUUAUUCUGUCCCCAGCCUGUCAAUUAACCAAUGCACAAGUCUGUUCCAGUAAAUGCCUCCUUUUAUCACAAUUUUGGCUUUAACAACAGCUGUUCAUUAGCCCCUUUUGAUUUUACACCACAUUACUCUUUUACUGCAUUUAUACUCUACAGCUGUACAACAGUAGGCACAUGCUGUCAUAGACUGACUUUUAUUUAAUUAGUCUUCAGAAACUUCUCUUAAAUGAUUGUCUGUUAUCAUAUUUUACUGUUGUGCAUUGCAACUAUUUGAACAGCUUUCAGGAAAAUGAUAUGAACUUUUUCUACCUUCAUCAUUUUGUUAUUUCACAGACAACAGAUUAAAUAACUUGUGUGUAGUACCAUCCCCUCAAAGCAAAGACUCAAAAGUAAAGUCCAGCAGUGCUGAUAGGUACAGCAGAUAUGUCAUCAUCAUCAUCAUAAUUAUUAAGUUAUUAUCAUUGUUGUUAUCAUUAUUUUGACAUUAACUAAGAUUUUAAUGUUAUGAAGUGGAAAAUUGUCAAUUGGUGAUGACUCAAGAUGUAGGGGGAGGCUUAAGCAAGCCUAAUUGUGAUCUCUUAGUCUUCCUCUUUCUGCUGUAAGAGUUUGAAGACAAAAUUUUUUUCAAAAGGCAACUAAUACUAAUAACCUCUAACACUAGAAUAUUAAGUUCCAAAAACAUGGGAAUUUUUUAAAUUUGUAUUUCGAUUCCUGAGUUACCUCAGAUGAGUAGUAAGCAACUGGGAAAGUCUUUCUUGCAAUCUAUUGUGGAGGAAUGUCCUUAUUUAUCCCUUGGUGGAGCAUAUUUCUGGGUAUCUACUUACCAUAGUGUAGAACUUAACAAUUGUUUGCAUUUUAUUUUUACUUACUAGUCAUGGCAGUAUAAGGGUGAUUGAAUACUGAAUUUUACAUUUCAGUGCUGGUCAUAGUAAUAACUGUGGGAGUGAACCUAGGGAGGACCAAAGAUUAUACUGGAUGGCUGUGUGUAGACUGCCUCCAUUUGAGGCAGAGCAUGAGGUACAAGAGCAAGUCAUCUGCGAACUUUUGCUUACUGUUUUUAACCCUGUACACCAUAAGAUCAGUUUGCCUAUUCUCCAUACUGUUUUUUUUACACAUUUCUUAAGGUAAUAACAAGGAUAAUUUGUUUAACGAACAAGAGCACCUUUAGUUUGUGAUCAUUUCCUCUAUUCUUUUGACCUUAGUGUGUGAUUCAGGGGUGAUGUUGUGAGGAGAAAUUACAUGCUAAACACUCUGAGAGGUCAAAUGGUUUAUGGUUGAAAUCUAUAGAUGGUAAAACAUCAAGUGAAGACAGUCAGCAAAAGAGCUUAUUAGUAACAAAUUUUUAAUUUAUUAGUUGCUUUAAGGGGAAGAUCAGAACCAAUGAAAUGACUCAUGAUGAGAAUUGUUUGCUACAAAGGGUUCUUCCAUUGUUAGUCAGCCUUUUGCUAUGGUAUUGGCUGGCUAGGGUAUAUUUUAGAUUUAUUCAUGUACACAUGUAAUGCGAAAGACAUCAUUAACUUGAUGAGACGUAAAACAAGGAUCAUAAUUCAUUGAUGAUUGCAAUAAUCAACUACACCAACAGCAGUUACCCAGCAUACAACAUAAUAUUAACUAUUGACUGAGUGGGAGGGCCAGGUGGGAAAGUAUUUGGCUUAAGUUCAUAGUGUAUGAGCUGAGUGGAGUGAGGUCUGUGUGUCAUGACCUAGAGCUUGGUUCCUUACGUCUUAUUAACUUUGGACAUGACUUUUAUUCUGUUAAAUUCACAGCAUUUUAUGAAUUUAAACUACAAGUGUUAUAAUGCAAAUGGGGAACAAGUAUUAGAAGAAGGUAAGAAAGUUAAAUUUGUUCAAUCUAUAAUUUCCCAAUGGUCAGUGAUGCAAACUUCACUUUUUUUUUCAAUGUCUGUCUGUCUGUCUGUCUGUCUGUCUGUCUGUCUCAACAUCUAAGCAGUGUUCAACAUUGUGAGUGCCGUACUUUUUAUUGUAUUUCAAUUCAAAUAAUUGUGUUUUCAAUCAAUUUUCCCUGGUUGAUGAUCAUUCAAACAGCUUGAAAUAGUAACUGAGGCAAUAAUAGUGGCAGAGUGGAAAUGCCAGGGAGGUUUGGGUCAGGUUAAUAAAGAACUCAUUGUGACCCGCCCCAAACCUCCCUCAUAAUUCACUCCUCAACAACUGCCACAGCGGUAACCAUCAUACUAUGUUUUACUUACUGAAAACCCGGAACAGGCUAGCCAAUAUUUACCUUCUAUUGAUGCGAUGAAGUGUUUAUAUUGUAGUUGGAGUAUUAUGGGUGCUUAUUGACUACCUCAAGGAGUGAAAUAUCAGGAUUGUGUAUCAUAUUACAUUAUGUACCAUUAAUAUUUGAAAUUUUCCUGAAUUUUCUUAUCUUUCUUCCAGACGAUACCUUAUCUUUUUAUGAGUGCCACUACCCCCCUUGCUGUAAAAUGGAAACUGAGGUCAGUCUUAUCUCUUGAUUAGUGGAUCAUCAAACUUAAAGCCCAGUGUCCAGUUACUGAAAAUGUUACAACUGGAUAUUUCUCCCCUCCUUGCUGGCCUUCCUGAGCUUAUGAUGAUUAGUUGAUUUAGUAGACAAGUUUAUAAUUUUUUUUGUUUGAGUUAAGUGUACCUCUGAGGCCUUAAAACCUUGAACCUGUUUAGUAGCAAAAUCUUCUUGUUUUGCCACUUUGUUUGACCCUUUACAUCUUAACAUCAGUCUGCAUAUUCUCCAUACUGUUCUCUAUACAUUUCCUAAGUUGCUGACAAGGAGAGUUUGUAUGACAAUUAAGAGCCUCCUUUAUUAGUGAUCAAUUCCUUUAUUCUUGUGACCUUAAUAUUUGAUUUAGGGAUGAUGUUGUAAGGAGAAAUUGGAUGCUAGUCACUCUUAGGGGUUAAAACAGAAGAUUUGAAAAUUUAUUAUGACUUGUGGCAUCUUUACCUCUUUGAGCCAAAUGCAUGAAUUUUAGACAGAAUAUUUACAACUAGAUUUGAAAACUUAUAAACUAUAAGUAAUGUACAUAUAUAUCACAUGUUGCCAAUUCACACCCUCUGCUGAAGGCCUCCAGUCCAGAUAGAAAAAUUUUACAUCCUAUGUUAAACUCAGGACUUUUGCAAACCAUACCCUGUUUGGAAGUACAUACCCAUUUUCUGAGUGCCAAGUAGUUCAGUACCCACCUUCCCCCCUGAAAAAAUGUUCUCCCAGCUUAACCCUUUACACCCUAACAAUAGCAUUCAUAUUCUCCACACUGAUCUCUCCACAUUUCCUGUGGUAAUGACAAGGAGAAUUUGUUUGACAAUCAGGAGCUUCUUAAAUCGGGAUUCAUUUUCUUUAUUCUCAUGAUCUUUACAUUUCAUUCAAGGGUGAUACUGUAAGGAGAAAUUAGGAGCCAGACACUCUUAUGCACUUAAGGGUGAACUGCAAUUAUGCAAGUGUGGAAAAUUAAUUAAACAUUUUAAUCAAGUGUGAGAGCUGUAGGCUGAGUUCCAAUUUGCUCUUUUAUUUUUGAACCUCUGUCCUUACAAUGUUUAUUGCCUUUAUUUUGGUGCUGAGAAUAUGAUUAUUUCAUUGAAAUUCAUGUUUAUUCUUUGGUUGUAGCUACGGGAGUUCAGUAUUUGUGGACAGUGCCAGCAAGUCAGAUACUGUGGACCUCUUUGUCAAGAGGUGGGUCAGUGAACAGAAAAUAAUUAAACAGUUUCAGUUUAAAAUUUUAGAAUUGUGAUUUGUAUAGUCCACUGUUUUACAGAUUGGAAGUAAAGUAAAUAGUGUCUAAUAAUAAUUGUAGUAACUAAACAAGUAAUGAGAAUACUCAAAAUUAUCAGCUAGAAGUUAUUAUCUUGAUGUAACACCAAAUUCUCAUAACCAAUUUACAAGGAAAUGUGUAACAGCCAGAGUGGGAAAUUAACUAACAAAUCUUGGGAGUUAAAGGGUUAAUCUGAAGAUGAUGCCCAAACCUGAUUUAAAUUUGAAAUGAGACAUCGUGAACUUAACCACUGGAUGGUAAUUCUUGUGUUUGAUUUCUACAGAGAGAUUGGCCUUCCCACAAGAAGUACUGCAAGGAAAAGGCUCGACAGAGAAUUAAUUGUGACAUGUUCCCUGAGCGUUAGACUGAAGUUUGAUGGCUGUUUCAUUAGUUACGUCAACAUGUAUGCUUCACAUGUCACAUUAUUAUUACUUUCAACUUUUAUGAUAUUAGAGUAUCCUUAGUUUAUUUUGUUGCUCAAUUCUAAAGCACAAAUGAUUGAAGCGAACUUUAGAGACUGCACUUGUCAUUUAUUGUGUACUUAAAAAGGAUUAACAUGCAUUCUCUCUAGUUUGGCUUUAGAAUUCAAAAAGAGUUUGUGUUUGUAAUAGGCUCAAUUGGUUAGAAAGAACACUAUUUACAUGACUGUACAUGUCACUGUACUGCUCUCUUUCAAAUUAGGUUUAUUUAUAUAUGCUUGUUAUUUUUGAAGUAUAAUGCAACCUUCAAUUUGACAAGUUGUAGUGUAAAUCCCUUGAAUUAGAUAUUGAAGUGAAGCUGAUAUAUCAGGACUAAUACCCUGUUCCAGGUGUUCAGUUGAUGAAAUGAAGCAAAAUGUCAAAUGGCACAACAGUAGCAAAGGAGUGAAAAAGCAAGAGAGGUCUGGGUCAGGGUCAGGUAAAGUUCAUUACAUGACCCAAACCUAUGUCUUUCUUUCACUCCUCUGCUGCUGUAGCACUGUUUCCUAUGGUGAUACAUUUUACUAACUGAACAUCUGAUACAGGCUGCAUGACUAAAACCAUUUUCAAGACACCUCUCUUGGUUAAAAGUUAUUUAUUUCCACACUCUUAUCUUGAGAUAAACUUUCUUAAGAAAUUGCUCCUGAUAAUUUUCAAAACAUUUGUUGUUGCACCUUUAGUGUUAAGACUAUACUUUCUUUUGACCAGACUUAAUUAACAGGAACUUUCUUUUCCCAUCUUUGGGCAUGGUAUCCUGUUAAUCUAACACAGCUCACGACAAAAUGUUAAUUUCAGGAGAGGUGUCUUCUUGUAGCUCAUGCACUUAACCCUUUCACUCCUGGGUAUGGCCAAAGAGUAGUUGCUCCUUACAAUAUCAUUAUGCGAUCACUCAGACAGAUGAGAAUAGAAAUAAAUGACAACUACGAGAUAUUAUUAGAUAUUAUUAGAGUUAGCACCAAAUUCCUAGAACUGAAAUUGUAGAAAAUGUAUGGCAGACAAAGCAGAUAAUUGAUAUUUAGAACUUGGGAGUG